AUGAGCAAUUCUGAAGACGAAUGCCCGCCCCUGGCGGUUCCCUUGACCGUCGACAGCCUUCAAGAGGACGAUGAAGAGAUGCCUGAUCUGAUCGAUACCCAAGCAUUUGUCCCUGAAACAACGAAGGAGGACUCAACGGCGACCGUAGCGGAUGGAAUGUCCACGAAAAAGAUCCCUAUCACGAUCAUUACCGGGUUCCUGGGGUCAGGCAAAUCGACUUUGCUGGACUAUAUCUUGACGGAGAAACACGACUUCAAAGUGGCUGUAAUUCUGAACGAGUUUGGAGACACGGGUGGGAUCGACCAGGCCAUGAAUGUCGGGAUGGGAGGGGAGGUCGUUGAAGAGUGGUUGGAGCUCAAGAACGGAUGUCUGUGCUGUACGGUGAAGGACAAUGGUGUAUUAGCGAUCGAGAACCUAAUGAAAAAAAAGGGCAAGUUUGAUUACAUCUUACUGGAAACGACAGGAUUGGCCGACCCAGGUCCAAUCGCAUCCAUCUUUUGGAUGGACGAUGAUCUGGGUAGCGAUAUUUACCUGGAUGGGAUUGUCACCCUUGUCGAUUCGAGAAACAUCCGCAAGGAACUUGAAGUGAAGAAAGAGGAUGGAAGUUUGAAUGAGACUGCAAAACAGAUUGCUAUGGCAGAUCGGCUCAUUCUCAAUAAGACGGACCUUGUCAGCAAGCAAGAAGUAAAUCAGCUGGAGGAAGAUUGCAGGGCCAUGAACGGUGUCGCACAGAUCGUACGGACGCAACACUCAAAGGUCGAUCUGAGAUUUGUACUAGACAUCGCAGCCUUUGAUGCCGUCCGAGCCAAGGAGCUAGAGCAAGCGGACUUAGCGUUGAAGCAGCAAGAAUCGACAGCAUCAACAACGGACGAUCAUAGUUAUGAUGACCCGAACCAUGUGCACGGUGAAGGAUGUGGGCAUGAGCACACCAGCGAGGGGCCGUCAGGACACCUUGAUCAGUCGAUCAAGACAACGACAUUAACCUUCAACACACCGACUGUCGAUCAGAAGCUGUUUGAGCACUGGCUUCAAAUGCUACUGUGGGAGCAUCAAAUCCCCAGCGCCAGCGUAUCAUCUCCGAACAACGGAUCAGCUCCAGAUGCACCCGCGCCGACAGCAACGAAUCCGAAGAAGCUGGAUAUUUUGCGUGUCAAGGGCAUCAUCAAGCCUUCGGAUCGACCGACAGGGACCAAGGUCGUGAUCCAGGGAGUGCAAGAGUUGUACGAUGUCAAGGAGGCAGUAACUCAGCCUGGUCAGGAGGAGUUGGUCGGUGCUGGAAAAGUUGUUUUUAUUGGACGUGGAUUGGAAGAUAAAAAGGCGUUGCUUGCAUCCUGUAGAUAUUUCAUGAAGCUGGGCGAGAGGGAUGUUAUCAUCCAUUAG